AUGAGUCUGAACGAGAGGCUCGACAAGAUCCGCUCCUCGCCGAAGCUGCAAAAUCAGCAGCAGACGGCGGUGGUUCUUUCCGCGGUCGAAGACACGCUCCGCGACCAGAAGUCCGAUUUCACGCCCACCGCAUACUUCGCGGCCCUCCUGUCGCUGCUGGCCCAGUACAUCUCGCCGCAGAAGGGAAUUGUCAACAAAGAGGUAGCCACCGCCGUGGUCUACCUGCUCGACCUCGUCACCCCCAAUGUGCCCGCCCCGCUGCUGCGCGCGAAAUUCUCGCAGAUCCUGACCAACCUUGCGCCGGCCCUGACACACCCGGAGGCGGAGGCCCCGCUGCUGCGCUCGUCGAUUGGAUGUUUGGAGGGCCUGCUGGUUGUGCAGGACGCCCAGGCUUGGGCUCUGCCGCAGUCUGAAGUCAGCCCACGCAGGGCCGUCGCUGGCCUGCUCACCAUCGCCGUCGACCACCGCCCUAAGGUGCGCAAGCGGGCUCAGGAUGCGCUGGCCCAGGUGCUGAAGAACCCCCCGCCGAGCCCAUCUCUGGACCAUCCUGCGGCCGACAUGUGCGCUGAGACUGCGCUGCGGUCGCUGAAGGAAAUCACGGAUGCCGCUGCGAAGAACAAGAAACACCACCGCUCUCAGAAGGAUGGCCAAUCGCACGAACCUGGUCUUAUUCACGCUCUUCAGCUGAUCAAGGUCAUCGCAUCCGCUGCUGGAGGAUGGCCAAGCAAGAAGAUUGACGCUCUUUGCGAACUCCUACUAAGCAUUUCGAAGUCAAGCAACGAGUUCCUGACUAUGGCGGCAUUCGAGGUUUUCGAGGUUAUUUUCGCCGGCAUGGUCGACGAGAUGUCUUCCGCGAAGCUCCCGCGUCUUCUCGAGGUCAUCGGCGAGCUCCAGCCGUCACAGAAUGAUACGCAACUCCUGCCGCCAUGGAUCGCUGUGCUUUCGAGGGGUUACGAUGUUGCUGCUCAGGUCGAGCCGGAGGAAACGUUCCAGAAACUGCCCGAUCUGUUCUCGAUGAUGUCUAACUUCCUCGCGUCCGCCUCGCACAACAUCCGGAUCUCGGCUUCAGAAGGAAUGAUUUCGUUUGUCGCAAACUGCAUCCCUGACAGUGUCCUUCUCGAGCCCUCAAUAUUCGACGAGAAGGUCCUCGAGAAGUUGGCGAAGAAUGCGGCGGAUCUGCUGAGUGUCAAAUACCAGGCCGCUUGGAUGGAGGUUUUCAAUGUCCUUGCUGCUAUGUUCGACGCCUUCCGCUGGAGAGCAUCGCCGAUCAUGUCGAAUGUUGUCAAAAUCGUCGGUGACUUGAGAGGCAACGAGUCGUUUACGGGCAAGAAGGAGGCCGAUGAGGUCCUUGGGAAGGCGGUCAGAGCCAUGGGUCCCGACAAUGUCCUGGAGAUCCUUCCUUUGAAUUUGCACAAGCCGGUCGCUGGUCAGCCCGGACGCGCUUGGCUUCUUCCAAUCCUUAGAGAUUCGGUUGCAAACACAAGACUGGCGCAUUUCCGCACCGAGAUGGUUCCCCUGAGCGAGGCAAUGUUCCAGAGGGUAUUGAACCACGGCAAUGCUGAAAAGACCAUGGAGGUCAAGAUUUUCGAAACCAUUGUUAACCAGACCUGGGCCACUCUCCCAGGCUACUGCGACCUGCCUAUGGACCUGCAUGAGGCUUUCGAUCAGAGCUUUGCAGAGAUGAUUGCGAACCUUUUGUACCAGCAAGUCGAGCUCCGGACUGAUCUUUGCCGAGCAUUGCAGACUUUGGUUGAGUCGAACAAGGCCAUCGCCGAGGUCGAAGGCGAAGAAGACCUUGUAGCCCAAUCUAGGGUCUCCAAGGCUGACGCGCAGAAGAACUUGGAGUAUCUUUCAGGCUUCGCAUCGAAUAUUCUUGCCGUGCUCUUUAACGUUUACAACCAGACCCUGCCACAGUCAAGGGGUAACAUUCUGAGCUGCAUCAACGCCUAUCUCAGUAUCACUCCCGCUGGAGAACUCAUGGAGACUUUCACACGCGUUGCUACUAUGCUCGAGCAAUCUUUGAGCGAGACUGGCUCGCAAACCCAGGCGGACAAGCAGAAAGACAAGAAGACCACCGACAAGAUGCCUCCUGCAAGCCACACCUUGAUGGACCUUGUCAUUACCAUUUCGAUUUACCUGCCCCGGGAGAGUUUUGCAACGCUUUUCCAGAUUGCGACGCUUAUGAUCAACAAGGACGACGAUCCCCAGCUGCAAAAGAAGGCCUACAAGCUCAUUCCGCGCCUUGCUGAGUCUGACUUGGGCAAAGCUGCUCUUCAAGAACGUAACGCAGAACUCCAAACAUUGCUUCUGGACAGCGCGCCCAAGGCCACUAGCCCUGCGAAGCGUGAUCGUCUGGCUGCUCUCUCCCAAGUCGUGGAAUACCUCCCUGGCGACGAUCUGCACUUCAUUCCCGCCAUUCUUUCGGAAGUCGUCAUUUCUUGCAAGGAAGUCAACGAGAAGGCGAGAACAGCAGCUUUCGAUCUGUUGGUCCUCAUGGGCGAACGCAUGCAGCAAGGCGGUACUGUCAAGCAGUCGAAGAUCCCUCUUAUGGACGCGUCUGCGCCAGACGUGCCCGCCACCCUUGAGGAAUACAUCACGAUGAUGUCUGCUGGUCUUGCCGGCUCGACGCCACACAUGAUCAGCGCCUCCAUCACCGGAAUUACUCGUAUCCUGUAUCAAUUCCGCACAUCUCUUCCUGACGCAGUGAUUACGGAUCUUGUGCAGACUAUGGACCUGUUCCUUACCUCGGCCAACCGUGAAAUCGUUCGUUCCGUCCUUGGCUUCGUCAAGGUCUCCGUCAUUUCUCUUCCUGGUAGCCUUAUGCUCCCUCGCCUGAACACGCUUAUUCCGAACCUUCUGGUUUGGAGUCACGAGCACAAGGGUCACUUCAAGGCCAAGGUCAAGCACAUUUUCGAACGCAUGAUCCGUCGUUUCGGCGUCGAGGUUGUCGAGAAGAACACGCCCGAAAGCGACCGCAAACUCAUCACCAACAUCCGCAAGACACACGACCGUCAGAAGCGCAAGAAGGCGGCCGCUGCGGCCGGCGAGGGCGAGGAAAGCCACCAGCCGGAGAAGCGGCGCAGCAAGUUCGAGAGCGAAUACGACGAGGCCGUCUACGGCUCCGAGAGCGAGUCCGACUCCGGCUCGGACGUGUCGGACAACGAAGCCAUGGGCCGCGGCAAGGGCAGCAAGAAGGGUGGCAAGACGUACAUCGUCGAGGACGACGACGAGCCGCUCGAUCUGCUCGACCGCCGUGCGCUGGGCAACGUCUCGAGCACGAAGCCCCUCAAGGGUGGCCGCGGCGCGCAGCAGCAGAAGACCAAGGCGAAGGUCGACUUGGACGGCAAGCUGGUUCUGGGCGACUCGAGCGACGACGACGAUGGCAUGGUGCUGGACGGCGAGCCAGGCGACGGCUCGCUCGAAGGCGGCAUCAACGCGUACGUCAGCGCCAUUCGCGGCCAGGAUACGGGCGCGAGGAAGGGUCGGGGCGGCACGAUCAAGUUCUCGAACAAGAGGAAGGGCGGCGAUGGAGACGAGAUGGAGGUCGACGAGGAGGAGGUGGCGGACAAGUUGAAGUCGAAGCAGCAGCCGUUCAGGAAGCCGCUUGGUGGUGGAAGGGCCGGUGGUGACAGCCGUGGUCGUGGUGGCGGCGGCGGCGGCGGCGGCCGUGGCGGUGGUCGUGGAGGCUUUGGAAAGACGAGGGGUGGGAGGAUAGACAAAGGCGGCAGGGGUGGAAGGGGCGGAAGGGGUGGACGGAGAUGA